UGUGCCGCCGCCGGCCGCGCCGCGCGUUAUCCGGUAAAAAGCAGCAGCCAGCUGAGGGUGCCGGUACGAUGGAGGGGUCAGGCAACCGCAGCCGCAGUGCCGGAGAGCACGAAGCCUCAACUUCAGCCGGCAGCGCGGAAACCUAAAACUGGCAUCUUGAUGUUAAACAUGGGAGGUCCAGAACGGCUGGAUGAUGUGCACGAUUUCUUGCUUCGUCUCUUCCUGGACAGAGAUCUAAUGACGCUUCCAGCUCAAAAUAAACUAGCCCCAUUCAUUGCCAAACGCCGCACGCCGAAAAUCCAGGAGCAGUACAGCAGGAUCGGAGGCGGAUCGCCCAUCAGGAAGUGGACGGCGGUGCAGGGAGAAGGCAUGGUGAAGCUGCUGGACAGCAUGUCUCCGCGCACCGCGCCUCACAAGUACUACAUUGGCUUCCGGUACGUCCAUCCCCUGACAGAAGAAGCGAUUGAGGAGAUGGAGACGGACGGCAUCGAGCGGGCCAUCGCCUUCACGCAGUACCCGCAGUACAGCUGCUCCACCACGGGAAGCAGUUUAAAUGCCAUCUACCGCUACUAUAAUAAGAAAGGGGAGAAGCCGAAGAUGAAAUGGAGUAUAAUUGACCGGUGGCCCACACAUCCCCUUCUUAUCCAGUGCUUCACAGAUCACAUACAGAAGGAACUGAACCUGUUCCCACCCGACAAAAGGAAAGAUGUUGUCAUCCUCUUCUCUGCUCACUCGCUGCCCAUGUCUGUUGUGAACCGUGGUGAUCCGUAUCCUCAGGAAGUGGGAGCUACUGUCCAGAGAGUCAUGGAGAAGCUGAACUACUCCAACCCUUACCGGCUGGUGUGGCAGUCCAAGGUUGGACCAAUGCCUUGGCUGGGUCCGCAGACAGAUGAGACCAUUAAAGGACUGUGCCAGAGAGGGAAGAAGAACAUGUUGUUGGUCCCAAUAGCGUUUACAAGUGACCACAUUGAAACCCUUUAUGAACUGGACAUUGAGUAUGCCCAAGUUUUAGCGAAUGAGUGUGGAGUUGAAAACAUCAGAAGAGCGGAGUCUCUUAAUGGAAACCCGCUGUUCUCCAAGGCUCUGGCCGACUUGGUCUGUUCACACCUCCAGUCGAAUGAGAUCUGCUCUAGGCAGUUAACCCUGUGCUGCCCGCUCUGCGUGAAUCCCGUCUGCAGGGAGACCAAAGCCUUCUUCACCAGCCAGGGACCGCUCUGAGCGCGGGGGGGACCCCCGGCCCGCAGCCCCGGGGGGCCCUGCGGCUCCUCCGCUGCCCGACCAGACUCUCCUCCCUUACACGCCGACCCGGUGAUGUUCACCUCACCCAACAGUGAGGAGCACUUGACUUUUUUGGCUUAUUUUCUCCUUUGUUUUUUUUGUUUGGGAAGAAUUUGUAGAAAGUAGGGAAAUAAGGGCGUUUAUCCUGUGGCAUGUGAAAAGAUCUCGUUUCAUCCCAUUCUGACUGGACUUAGCGUGAGCCCAGAAGUAUGCACUGAGAAACUUAAAAAACUUUUCUACAGAUUCGCUUCUAUUUCCUAUGCAGAGAUUUAUUUGUAUGCAGUUUUCCCAUGAGUGCAUUAAUUUCAGCUUUCCAGGACAUGCAGUCACUUGGUUUGUUUAUGCUUAAGGUACAGUGUAACCAGCACAGUCACUGAUCAUCUCUUCAGAGAGUGAUUUUUCACAUGGGUUUGAUGAUUGAGUGAUUUCUAAUGCUCUUAAAAGUCUAUAUUUUUAUUAGAACAUAAGGAUAAGGCUUGGGUUUUGGUUGUUUUUUUUGUUUUUUCUCCUGCCAGAAACUUCUGGUGCAAGCUUAGCUGGGAUAGUAAAACUCAUAAGAUUUGUUUACAUUUUCUAGAAAACCCACUCUCAUUAUCUGCAGGAAAGCCUCUGCAUUUGAAGAGCAUAAAAUGAAAGGAAUAAGCCUGCUGGGUGAAGCUGAAGAACGUACUCAGUUGAAACAAACUGUGCGUGUUUCCAGUCUAGCAGCCACGAGCAGCAUGUGUGGAAACAUGUUGGCUUACCUUUUAAGCAAAAUGGCUUUUCAAAAUUAUUAUUAAAAAGGGCUUUCUCUGGUUAAGUAAAUUUAGGAAGUCAGGCUUGCUCUCCAGAAAGUUUAUAGAUCUGCUCUGUGCUUUCUACUGUGGUUUUUGUGGGAUACCUACAGAGUUCCAUAGGUAUAAUUGAUCUAGCUUAAUUGAUGUUGUUGUUUAAAACUGAGAUGAUAAGUCCGGAGUAAUUUACUGUGCAGGUGCCUGAGAGGAGGCAGCCCUGCAGGCUGGCAGCUGUGUGCUUACGCACGCCUUUCUCCAGAGCCAAAUUCUGCCUGUUACAUUUCUGGCACCGCUCCUGGGCCCGGCCUGCGUGCCCGUCACCCAGCUAAAUUUCUUGCUUGUUUUGGCAGGCGUCUGGGUGCAUGGAGGCUGCUGAAUCCACUCCUGGGUAGUGGUGGUAGUUUUGAAGAGCGAAAGACCUUUCUGGGGCAUUAUUUUCUCGCUGUCGGCACCGGGACUGCUGUCUCGGUGAGGCUGGGGAUGGGCGGGGGCUUUUCCAAAAGGCUGGUGGCCACAGCUCCGGUGCUGGAAGUCGUUGAGGGCAGGAGCACCCCAGCACCUCCGUGGCGGUCCUGGCGCCCGGGGAGCUCCCCUCCUGGGGGGCACGGGGGGACAGCGAAGCUGUGACAGUGUUCUGUGGGACUGAGCCAUACACGUGUUAGUCUGGCUGUCAGCUUCGUGGGGAUAAAUGUUUACUUUAUGUAAUUAGCACUGAAAUGCCUGUACUUUGGCAAUGCAAGUUUCCUGUAAAUCAACAACUGAGCUCAUUGUGACGUGUGAGGAGCAGAUGCCGUGCUGCUCGGACUGUUCUCUUUGCUUGUGUAAUUCUGAGGCAUUAACAGUGUGAGCCUCUGAUCUUUCAGAGGUGGGGUUGUUUCAAAAGAAGAUAGGCCUCUGUUGGCAAAACAGGCGUUUGCCUCUGGUUUAUGUUGGAAGAACUAAACAAGGGAUGCUGAAGACACGAAUGGGUGCCGUGUCGAGCAGCCAGUGGGCCAAGUACUGCCAUGGAGUAAAUCCUCCUGCACAGCCUCAUAGGGCCUGGGGCCCAAUACCUCUUGAGAGUUGGUUGAGGAGUCUCCACUGCCAUACUGCAGCUUCCAGGUGUGAUUGUGGUGAGCCAGACUUAAAUCCCUUCAGUGCCAGAACCUCCUAUGUUACUGCUGUCCCUCGUUGCUGUAGCAGAAAGAAGUCUUCCUUGACCCUUCGUACCGUGCCUGUUUGAGGGGCGGGGAGCCAGGAGCCGGGGCUUCGCCUCUCCCUUCCUUGCCCCAUUCUUGGUCUCUGCUUGCUGCCUCGGCAGGAAAAAGGAGCACAAAGCUGGUUCCUGCCCUUGCUCAGGUCAGGUAGGUAGGGUUAGCACGUGUACGGAAGGGUGAUAUCUCCAUGGAAAAGCUUUGAAUCAAUGUCAGCAGAAUACAAACGUCUGUAGCAUGCCUGGGAAGGGAACACUGGCCUUAUGUCUCUCUUUGGACAAAGAACUUUCUCUGUUCCCGUUUCUCUGCUUGACGCUCGUGGGUCAGUGGGAAACAAGCUGUUUUGUAAAAUCUGCCUACUUAUACCUCUUUCCUACCAGCUGAAGGGCAUGACGGCCUUCAAAUCCAGGUUGUGAUCAGCACGUUUAUAAAGUGUGGCUGCAGCUGGAGAGUGAAGGUUAACUUCACGUGAACAUUGCGAUACUAUAAAUACAGGCUGGCUUUUUAUUUCCAUACUGAGAGUAUUAGCUGGUACUAAUUAUAAGGCAUUAUGUUUGUCCCCAGUAAUAAAUGGUAUUUAAAAUUCACUUUUUAGUGUGCUAACCACAAGUGAGAUAAUUACUAAGCCUCUUGCUGCUAUUAGACCAUGAUGUAGAAAUCACUUAAUUUUCUGGCUUUCAGCAGAUGGGUCUCAUCUCACAGGGCUGGUGGGGUUCUUCAUUUUGCUGAACAGAUCAUGUAAUGUCACUGUCCUGCUAUUUAACAAACAUUAUUUUGUCUGAGUGCAGCAUCAAAAGCCUGUUGAAAAACUACCUGAGCAAGUUUAGCUAGCAACUCUGCUUAAUAUUUCUAAUAGAAAUCAAGAUGAGAGUGAGACUAAUAACCAUGGGAAUUCUGCUGCCCAGAAUUAGGGAAAUCUCCUAAUUUCUGUUUGGGAGCAUUUCUGACUGUGCUGACUAACAGUGGAAUUCAUUUGACCGACCUUUAGAUGCUUCCAAACUACAUGUUGACAUCUGAGCUGGUCUCCUAGGUACUAUUUAUGGUCAAAAGAUUGUUUUAAUGUGCAUUUCUGAAAAUGUAUUAAUCUCUCAAGGCAGACGUCCGCAACGGGUGGGGUGAGCUUGGCUCUGCUGCCCUGGCUCAGAGGUGGUAGCGCUGCUGCACGUGUCUGAGGCCAGGGGAUGAAUCCCACCCGCUUACGUGCCUUCGCCAGCGCUCUGCCUUCGGGAGAUGGCACUCCAUCCUGCAGCCAUGCAUUCAGUUUGCCCCUCUGGCAGAUGUGAAACAUUUGGUGCUACUACCUCAGGACCCGGUCUCAUCAGAUCCUGAGCGCUCCCUGCUCCGCUGGGAGUGUCAGCAUCUGGGGGGCUCCAGUCCUCGGACAGUAAUCAGGUUUGGUUCUUUCGUCACCAGUUACACGCCUCGCGCAGUCCUUCAUUUCACCGGCAAGUGUUGGUCGUUUCCACCUGCCCUGAC